GUAAAUUUUCAAUUUUAUUUUUAUUUUUAAUGCUUUACGUGAAAUUUUGAAUUUAUUUCGGUCACUCUCGGUUGUCUGUCGAUGAUUGGAUAUUUUACGCGCGGGCCGAUUACGCUUCGCAGUCCUGACGUGAAAGUUCUGUACGUACCCUUUUGAUCGCAAUCGACUGACUGCGAACAACAUGAGAAAACUCGAUUUUCGUGCACACCUACCACUGCACUAUUUCUGUUCGCUACUUCUUGCACUGGGUCUCUCGCCGUCCAACCCGAAAAAGAAUGACGCUUAAAAUCCACACCUGUGGUGCAGUAGUAGUUUUCGAGUGACCAGAAGAAAACCACACAAUGCCAAAAUGCGGAUUGCACACGAAAUAUUUGCCAGCGACUUUUGCAUGGAUACUGCUACUAGGGACGACUGGGGCUUUUUUUUAUUAUCCAUGUCGAUUUUUUGCUCAAUUUUAUCCAUGGGUACCAGUCGUUCAUGGCAUAGUGACGUUUUUUGUUAUAGCAAACUUCACAUUAGCCACAUUUAUGGAUCCAGGUGUAAUACCAAAAGCACCAGAAGAUGAAGACACUGGUGAUGACUUCCAGUCACCUUUAUAUAAGUCAACCGAAGUGAAUACAAUUCAAGUGAGAAUGAAAUGGUGUUCAACAUGUAGAUUUUACAGGCCACCAAGAUGCUCUCAUUGUAGUGUUUGCAACUGUUGUAUAGAAACGUUCGAUCAUCAUUGCCCAUGGGUUAACAAUUGUAUUGGUCGCCGCAACUAUCGCUAUUUCUUCUUUUUUCUUAUAUCACUUAGUAUACACAUGGCGUCUAUAUUUGGUGUUUGUUGUUGGUAUAUUUUAUAUCAUAAAGAUAAAAUCGGAGACAUUGAUACUUUAGUAUCAUUAACAUUAUGUGGCUUAGUAAUUAUUUUAUUCAUACCAAUAUUUGGUUUGACUGGUUUUCAUGCUGUAUUAGUAGCUCGUGGUCGUACAACUAAUGAACAAGUCACUGGAAAGUUCAAAGGUGGUUACAAUCCAUUUUCACAUGGCUGCCGUCUAAACUGUAUAAUUAUUUUAUUUGGACCUCAGUUUCCUAGUUUGUUAAAAGUGAAAACUUCAAAAUAUCAAAAACAUAAAAAACAAAUUCAGAACAGUUUUAAUGUACCUCCGCCAUUGUUAACAAAAGAAGAUAAUUGUGGGCCACCUGUCGCUAAAACUUAUUUGGAUAAUAGCAAUGGCUUACACCAUUCUUCAAAUAAUUAUAAUAAGAUGUCACCAGGAAGAGAGUGUUUAGAGCUUGAUAUUGAAUUAACUGCUUCGCAGUCACAAGAUUGUGAACCUACACCGCCAUUACAGCGUCAAGGCUCAAAAAACAAUUUUUACUUGCCCUCCUAUGAUACAACUGACAGUGCCAGGAUGUCUUAUGUCACACGGACAGCACCACACCCAUCACGACCUAGAAUGAACGAAAUGGGCAACAGUUUGUCAAGAGAAACCAUGUUAGAUUCAAAUCGUCAAUCCAACAUCAUUAUGCAAAGUCCAACUAUGCAGCAGAGAAUGAAAGUUAUCGGAGUACCUACAGCUUUGGCACUGUCUAGUCCAUUAAGGCGAUCAAACCCUGGAACUCCUACUCAAGUAAAACGGCCAGACUUCAUAGGAGUUGGGACUUCUACUAAACAUUAUGAAUAUCAAGAACGUAGUCCACAACGACGUUUUUUGUCUGAAGGUGACAUAUUACGUGAACACGAACGUCCACCUUCAUAUCCGCGUAUAAAUAAUACAGUUGACAAUAUUCAAGAAUUAGCCGGAUCACCACAGAGGGGUGUUUAUACAUGGAAAGACACUCCUGGGACAACUGGUUCUUACUAUGUCCCUCGACAAGCACCUACAUUCAACUAUUGUGCAGCACAUAAUGAUUAUAGAUCUAAUCCAACUAGUCCAACUACAAAAACAUAUUAUCCAGUUCGUGGAGGGGUUCCUGUUUAUCCACCUCAACCAUCACCUGUAGGCAAGAAAAAACCUCCUCCUGUACAGACUAGGAGACCUAUGUCUUUUGCCAGGGCAUUAGACCACGACGCAAUGGAGAUGUCAAUUAGUAGAGGAAACAGCACCGACAACGGAAGUCCUGAUCGUAAAAGUGCUUAUGACAAAAACUAUGAAAUAUCUGUUUAAAUGUAUUGUUGAUAGCUUUCUUUUUAACUUUCCAAAAAAUUUUUUAUGUUGUGUUAAAUUAUUGUCAUGUGCAUUUUCUGUAUAGAUUGAAAUUAACUGUUGUAAAUAUAAUAUAUAUAUUUUUUUUUAAGGCCCAUUAAAAGCAAAUAUAUUACUUAAAAAAGUUGUGUGUUACAGGGUGUUGUAGGAUAUUAUGUUAAAAAUAGUGAAUAAUUAUGUUUAUUUGAAGAUAAGCCAUUUAAACUUAAACCUUAUUGUCAUUAUCAAUUACUUAUUUGUUAAUUUUAAUGGUAGAACAAUUAAUUAUAAAAUCUAGUCAUAAUUUUUGAAAUAUUACAUUGUAUAUUAGCUUAAACAUUUUUUAUAUAAAACUUAAAUAUUUAAAGAAAUAUGUAUGUAUCAUAAUUUAUUGUAUGUAAAUAAUAUUUAUAAAAUAUAUACAUUUUGUUUACAAAAAAACCCAAUAACUUUGUGACAUGUAUAGUUGUAAUACAUGGAUAUUUUGUUUACUAUUAUCAAAUACCAUGAUCAGUAAGCGUGGUAUUUUUUCUUUUCUUUUUUUGGCAUACAUAUUUCUAUAAGCACCCUGUACUGUUUUUAUAGUUUUUACUAAUGUUGUGACUUUUGUUUAUACUUAAUUGAUUUUCUCAAAAUUUGUAUUUAAAAAAAAAAAAAAAUAAUUAAAAUGAUUAUAGGCAUUUUACUCAUAGUUUGGUUUUCAAAUAAAUAUGUAUAUGAAUUACCUAUAAAAUAAUAGGUUAAUUCAAUUUUUAUUAAAAUUUAAAUAAUUAUAUACAGUUCUCAAUUAACAGUUCAACACAACAAUUUAGGAUAUAAACACUGACUUAUUCAUUUUGACGUGCUUCAGGUGGAAUUUCAGCUGCAUUCCCUCCCCAAUUAAAUCCUCCCGGACGAAACUCUGGUGGAGGUACAUGAUCCUCUUCUGGUGCUGGAUCAAGAAGGUGUUUU